GCCCAUAGGGCCCUUUCCUUCCCGGUGCCAGGCUGCACGUGGGCGGUGCCAUUUUCCACAGAGGGGGAGCAGGAGGAGGAGAGGCGCUUUCCUUCCCUGGGCAGCCAGAGUCGGCUGGCUCCCUUCUCUGUUUGCAUUUUAACUAGGCUGGGGGUCUGUGGCACUCUCAGUGCUCCCUGGGUUUUUUGGUCUUCUUCUUCUCUUCGGAAGCAACAGCUGCAUUUCCCUUUCCCAGGAUGCCCCCCAAGGGCGGGGAGGAAAGCAGGGGCAUUGCCAGCAAAAGCCUCUGCAUCUGCCACAGGGGAUGAUGGUGGCACAGGGUUGCCCAAGAGACUGAAGCAGCAGGAGGGAUUGGGACUUCGUGUCAUCAUUGAGCAUUGUAAAAGCUGACGGGUUUGGCCCAAUGCUGAUGCUGUAGUCAGGCAUUGAACCAGGCAUUCCGAUAUCAUGGUGGAAAUCAAUCCUGAGAAACCCCGCAGGAAUACUUUCGAGGUGGUUCUUUUGAAGAGGAUGCACCCGUAAGUCGAGUUAUGGACCGGCCUUAAGAAGGGGCCACCACGCAAGCUGAAGUUCCCAGAACCAUGCAAGGUCGUUGAAAUCCUGAUGGGCAAUUUAGACUAAAGCCAGCAAAUGUGCACCAUUGCCAGUGCAUUGAGGAUCCAUUCACCCUGUGCAAGUUGGAGCAUCCAUGAUGGGAUAUGAUCAAGUGGAGUAACUCCAGUCACAUCUCUGAACUUGUCGCGCCUCCUCCACAGAGAAAUGGACCUAAAUUGCUCUUCCUGCCCAUCCUUCUUUUAAAAGUAUGCUUGCUUCUUUAUUUUUUGGAAUUGAGGGAAAUUGUAAGCUUUCUUUUUUCCCCAAUAAAGCCUAAACUUCUACA